GCCUGGAAUAAAAACCUCAGCCAACUUCCGAGACGGCCUCAUUGCCCAGCGGUCCCCAGCCUGCGACAGGUUCGGUCCACCCUCUUCGCCCCGCGACCCUCCAGCACCACCCUUUGGUUUGAUCCUGCACCAUGGGCAAAUUUUGGUGGCAUGCAGCUUGGGGACUCUGCCUCUUGCAGCUGAGCCUGGCGCAGCAGCAGAUUGAUUUAAAUAUAACCUGCCGCUACGCAGGUGUAUUCCAUGUGGAGAAAAAUGGUCGCUAUAGCAUCUCUCGGACAGAGGCGGCUGACCUCUGCCAGGCUUUCAACAGCACCCUGCCUACCAUGGACCAAAUGAAGUUGGCCUUGAAUAAAGGGUUUGAGACAUGCAGGUAUGGGUUCAUAGAAGGACACGUGGUGAUCCCAAGAAUCACUCCCAAUGCCAUCUGUGCAGCCAACCACACAGGAGUGUAUAUCCUCACGUCCAACACCUCCCACUACGACACAUAUUGCUUCAAUGCCUCAGCUCCUCUUGAAGAAGACUGUACAUCAGUCACAGACCUGCCCAAUUCCUUCGAUGGACUAGUUACCAUAACUAUUGUCAACCGUGAUGGUACCCGCUACAGCAAGAAAGGUGAAUACAGAACGCACCCGGAAGACCUCGACCCCAAAAACAAUAUCGAUGAGGACAUGAGCAGUGGAUCCUCCAGUGAGAAGAGCACUUCAGGAAGUUACAUCUUCCACACCCACCUGCCCACUAUGCACCCAACCCAAGAGGAUGAUGACAUCUGGUUCUCCAGGAGCACCCCAGUCACCAGUACGGAGUCAAAUACCAUCUCAACAGGCUGGCAGCCAAAUGAAGAAAAUGAAGACGAAAGAGAAAAAUACGUCAGUUUUUCUGGAUCAGGCAUUGAUGAUGAUGAAGAUUUUAUCACCAGCACCAUUUCAUCCACUCCACGGGUUUCUGACCACACAAAACAGAACCAGGAUUGGACCCAGUGGAGACCAAGCCCUUCAAAUCCAGAAGUACUGCUUCAGACAACCAACAGGAUCACUGAUGUAGACAGAAACAGCACCAUUGCUCAUGGAGAAAACCAGACCCAGGAACCACAGCCUCCUUUCAUUCACCAUGAGCAUCAGGAUGAAGAGGAAACCCCUCAGGCUCCAAGUUCAACCUGGGCAACUCCUAGUAGGACAACAGAAGAAACAGCUACACAGAAAGACAAGUGGUUUGGGAACGGAUGGCAUGGGAGAUAUCCCCAAACACCAAGUGAAGACUCCCAUGCAACAGCAGGGACAACUGCAGCCUCAGUCCACAACCAUCCAAGUCAAAGGAUGACAACACAGAGUCAAGAGGAUGUUUCCUGGACUGAUUUCUUCAACCCAAUCUCACAUCCAAUGGGACAAGGUCAUCAAACGGAAAGGAUGGACACAGAAUCCAGUCAUAGCACAACAGUUCAGCCUACUGCAGAUCCAAACACCCAUUUGGUGGAACACUUGGACAGGACAGGACCUCUUUCAGUGACAACUCAGCAAAGUCAUUCUCAGAGCAUCUCUACAUUACAUGGAGAAGUGGAAGAAGAUAAACACCACCAAACAACUCCCACUCCACCACCCAGCACUAGGAGUGGUGACAAAGAUGGAAGAAGAGGUGGAAGUCUUCCUGAAAACCCAACUACUUCCCUGGAAGGCCAUUCCCCUCAUUACCCAGACAUAAAGGAAAAUGGGACUUUCACCCCAGUGACCCCUGUGGAGUCUGGGGCUUUUGGAGAAACCGAAGUUACUGCUGCUGCAGAUUCCAACUUUAAUGUUGAUGUCUCCUUACCAGGAGACACAGAUGCAGGCAGAGACCCCAGCGGGGGUUCCCACACUGUGACUCAAGGAUAUGAGUCAGCUGGACACUCUAGUGGGAGUCAAGAAGGUGGAGUGAACACAACUUCUGGUCCUGUGAGAAAACCUCAGAUCCCAGAAUGGCUCAUCAUCCUGGCAUCCCUCCUGGCCCUGGCUCUGAUUCUUGCUGUUUGCAUUGCUGUUAACAGUAGGAGAAGGUGUGGGCAGAAGAAAAAGCUGGUGAUCAACAGUGGCAAUGGGACUGUGGAGGACAGGAAGCCAAGUGAGCUUAAUGGAGAGGCCAGCAAGUCUCAGGAAAUGGUACAUUUAGUGAACAAGGAGCCAUCAGAAACUCCGGACCAGUUUAUGACAGCUGAUGAGACCCGAAACCUGCAGAAUGUGGACAUGAAGAUUGGGGUGUAAUGCCUACAUUAUUAACCUGGAAAGAUACCACAGAUGGAGCUACACCAUUAUAGGGAGCUGGGACCCUUAACAGAUGCAAUGUGCUACUGAUUGUUUUUAUUGGGGAUUUUUUUUUAGCAUAAAAUUUUCUAUUCCUUUUUGGGUUUUUUUUUGUGUGUUUUUUUCUUAAAGACACUUCCAAUCUAUAAAAGCAGCAUUGCUUUCUGAAAUGAGGGCCCAAAGAAAACUUCAUUCAGAAUUUGACUGUUCCAGUUCCUUCCUAGAGGCCUUGCAUCCCCAGGGUGUGCUAUGAAUGGGCUCUAACAAAUGCAUGUACCUGAUCCUUACCUAACCUUCUCUGUAACCCAAGUCCUAGGCAACAGAUAACAUCUAGGGACAUUCCCCAAGGCUUAGAGGGAUUGGUCCCUGAGAGGACAUUUGAAUGGAUCCAUAUUGCCUUUCUAGCAGCCCAAUCCCUGGGCAUUGCUUUCCAGCGGGGUGGGGGUUCAGGUGUACUGGUUACACGCCCUCUUUCACAGACUACUCCUCCCCACCUGGAAAACUUUCAGAUGCUUCUGGGAGACACCCCAAGGGUAAAGCUAUUUAUCUGUAGUAAGCUAUUUAUCUAUGUUUUUGAAAUAUCAAACCCUGGAGGUCCUUCGUUCAGUAUGUUUUUUAGGUUAUUUUGUCAGAAGCAUAUCAAGGUUUAAGUUGAUUUAUAAUAAAUACCUGUUCGUCUUCCAUCUUAGCCCUUUGUGCUCUGAUCCUUCAGUUUCUAAACCAGCAAGGCCUGGUUCUCCAGAACUCAUCAGAAUGAUCUGAGAAUGGUCCUCUUUAAAUUCCUGUCAGAGCACCUAUGCGCCACUCAGGCUCACCCAGCUUUUAAGAUCAAGGAAGGAAGUACUGUGUUGUUUCUGAGGUUGCCCAAAGGUUUUCUGUCCUUUUUUGGAAUCUGAAUUGUGAGCAAAAGAGCUUCAGCCACUUUUGUGUUUUAAUGGCCACCCUUUUUCUCUCCUAAAUGGCUUUGAAAAGUCACAUUAAGUUUUCAUAACCUACAACUUUUGGGGUCCUACUUCAUAAAGACUGACCCUAUCAGUGAUUUCCUAAAACAGUAUGGCAGUGACUUUUGACACCUUGUAAACAAAGAAGCCAAGAGAUUUGGAAGCAUGUGGAGAAUGAGCAGCAGAUUGGCGUAGGCUGAAGGAGGGUGAGGAAUCUGUUCUGGUACUUUAACAGAUGUGUUUGCUGAUACCUUCACAAGCUAGUUGCUCCUCAGGAUGAGUUGCCUGAGGAAUUCUUCAAAAUGUCACAGGGUUGCCCACUAUUGGAAGCUUAUUAUCCAAUAAGCAGGUUUAUGGUUAAACAUAAACAUGUUACCUUCUGACCUCAUAUUUUUCACAUUCUUGGCAAGUCUUUGGUGAUAGUUAUUCAGUAGUCAGGAUACUCCAUUGUUCUUGGAACUUCUCAAGACUAUAAUAGAAAAAAAAUGAGAUCUAUAAAGUAAGGGUUCCUAUAAAAUAGGCCUCCUUUCUUAGGCUUCUAGGAAAGUCACUUGUCUAAAUUUGUAUGUUUAAUAUUUUUCAAAUUAAAAAAAACAGGUGAAAAAUAUUUCCCACCUAAAUCAGGUUUGAGUUUAUCUUAAGAGUAGAUUUGAAGGUUUUAUUUAAAGGAGAUGUAUAGACAUUCUAAUACUGGUUCCCGGCUUCAGCAAUUCCUACCCACCCUCCUUCCCCUCUCUUUCCCUGCCUACUGCAUGGCUUUCCAUCCUUGCUAUGACUUUCAAAAACCCUUCUUUCUCCUAGUUUUCUUUUUAUUUUCCAAUUGAAAGAAAAUGGAUAUCAGGCUAUUCUGUAUCUUUCUUCCACUGGUGUUACAAUGUCCCUGUCUUCUAAGAGCUGUCCUGGGCCUAUGAACACCCCUCAUGCGGCAAACCACUCCUAGAUCAAGUACAGAGGGCUAUGCCAGGCUCUACCUGACCCUCAGAUGCUCUCUGGGGCCCAAGGAGAGCAAUGCAAGUCUCAGAGACAUGGAUUUUAGGCAUUGCUAGCAAUUGGGCUGGGGUGGGAGAUUAUUUGGUUUGAUGGUGAUGACUCUGGAAGCACAAUUUGACUCUCUGUUGUUCCUACCAAUGACUUGCCAGGUGCCCUGGACUAAAUCAUUUAACUAGUCCUCAUUAAAAGGGGGGGGGGCCUACAUUUAAUGAUUUUAUAAACCAACGUGAGCACAUAAGAUGUUAUUUUCCCAGCAACUGUAAAUCGCUCGUGGAUCCUAAGGGCUUUCCUUAAAUUAAACUUGAGUAGAAAUGAAAUGAGGCAAAGGAUACCUUCAAGUCUGUAUUUUGUAGGUCAGAUGAAAUGGAUGUUUCCAGAAGACCCUAUCAAAAAGUUUUACAUUGAGAUCCAUAACAGGAAGAAUUGAUUUUAUAGCCAACAUCCAUUUGUGACAGCAAAGUAGAAGAAAUAUCCAACUUCUCUAGAAGAGUAAAAUGUGCUUAAGAACAAGAAUAACAGAGUCCAUUCACAUUUAUGUCCUAAGUAUAUCUUUGUGUAAGUCCAUUGUGUUGACUUUUCAAAGACAGCCAAUUGUUCUGUACGUAUACUGACCUUUGCUAUUGUUACUUUGAUUUUUUAGAGCUCUACUUCCACUUUUUCUGGUUUUUGUGUAUUUAUUGAUGGACCAAUGAUAAUGAGGAAAACAUUAUAUGUAUACUGCCCAACUGAAAGUGUGUAUUGGAAAGUAUUAAAAGGCUAACAUUAAAAGGUUAUAAGAAAUGGA